GGGGAGGAAAGGGGCGUGGCAGGAAAUUGGAGCUAGCAAGAGAAGCAGGUUGACAUCAUGGUGGACUCCCAGUAUAUUUUGCCCAAUGAUAUUGGCAUUGCAAACUUGGACUGUGCCGAAGCCUUCCGGCUGCUGUCUCCAGAAGAACAGCUCUACGCCCACUACCUCUCACGAGCCUGUUGGUACGGAGGCCUAGUGGUAUUGCUGCAGACUUCCCCAGAGGCACCUGCAAUCUAUGCCCUCAUCUCUCGGCUCUUCCGGGCCCAGGAACCUGCUCAGUUAGGGGAGCUGGCCCGCUCCCUUGGUCUCUCCGAUGAGGAGUAUCAGGCAUUCUUGGUUUAUGCUGCUGGCAUUUAUGCCAAUAUGGGUAACUACAAAUCUUUUGGGGACACCAAAUUUGUGCCUAACCUUCCCAAGGAUAAGCUGAAAAAGUUGGUGUGGGAGAGCCAAGCCUUCAAGGAGCACCCGAAAGAAAUGGAAGCGCUAUGGGGCAGAUGCGGAGAGCUCAUGUUCUCCUUAAAACCCACACAAAAGCACUUGGGACUAAGUGGUCAGGGCAUCUCCACAUACUUCUCAGCAAAUUGCUCCAUGGAAGAUGCAAAGCUGGCCCAGGAAUUCCUAGACUCACAGAACAUCAGUGCUUACAACACAAGGCUUUUCAAAACAAAAGCAGGCAGCAAAUCAUGCUACGAGGUACGGCUGGCCUCGGUUAUUUCAGAUGAUUCUCAUCUUGAUGAUGAAAUGAGAGCAAAACUGAAGUGCUUUGAGUUUGGCGGCUGCGAUUUCACAGUGACUCGAGGCGAUUAUGCCUCCCUUCUGGAAAAAGUUGUGGAGAACUUGCAGAAAGCCUUGCCACAUGCAGCCAACACCACGCAGGCUGAGAUGCUGACCCACUACAUCACCAGUUUCAAACAGGGCUCAAUUACAGCUCAUAAGGAAGGCUCCCGCUGCUGGAUCCAGGACAAGGGGCCCAUCGUGGAGAGCUACAUUGGAUUUAUUGAAAGCUACCGAGAUCCAUAUGGCUCAAGAGGCGAGUUUGAAGGAUUUGUGGCUGUUGUGAACAAAGCCAUGAGUGCCAAAUUUGCUCGGCUGGUGGCAGCAGCAGAGCGUCUGCUGGAGGAACUGCCCUGGCCUCGUGCUUUUGAGAAAGACGCUUUCCUGAAGCCUGACUUCACUUCGCUGGAUGUCCUGACCUUCGCUGGUAGCGGGAUUCCUGCCGGCAUCAACAUCCCAAACUAUGACGAUAUCCGCCAGAAAGAUGGUUUCAAGAAUGUCUCCUUGGGGAACGUGCUGUCAGUGGCUUAUUCGACGCAAAAGGAGAAGCUGACUUUCCUUGCAGAGGAGGACAAGGACCUCUACAUCAAGUGGAAGGGGCCCUCCUUUGAGGUGCAGGUUGGACUUCACGAACUCCUGGGCCACGGCAGCGGGAAGCUUUUUGUCCAGGAUGACUCAGGUGCGUUCAACUUCGACCGGGAUGCAGUGAUCAAUCCAGAGACAGGGGAACUGGUUCGGAGUUGGUACCGGGGUGGCGAGACUUGGGAUAGCAAAUUUUCAAGUGUGGCGUCAACUUAUGAGGAGUGUCGGGCUGAAUGCGUGGGGCUGUACCUCUGCUUGAACAAGGAGGUGCUGCGGAUUUUUGACCUCAGAGGUGAAGAUGCCGUGGAUGUGAUGUAUAUUAACUGGCUGAACAUGGUGCGUGCUGGGCUGCUGGCACUCGAGUUCUACACCCCGGAAUCAGGAACGUGGCGCCAGGCUCACAUGCAAGCUCGCUUCGUCAUCCUGAGGGUUCUCCUGGAGGCUGGUAAAGGGCUGGUGUCACUCCAUCGCAUCACAGGAACGGACGGCAAGCCGGAUGCAAUCAUCUCCCUGGAUCGCAGCAAGAUCACCAGGGUGGGGAAGCCUGCUCUUAAGCGUUUCCUCUGCAAGCUACAGGUGCUGAAGUCCACGGCAGACGUGGUAGGUGGGCGUGCACUGUACGAGGCGUACUCUGCAGUGACGGACGAUGAGCCAGAACGUUUCCUAACCCUGCGCCAGACCGUGCUCCUGCGCAAAGAGGCUCGCAAGCUGUUCGUACAAGCAAAUACCCGCCUGGAAGGUGAGAAUGUAGUAUUGGUGCAAUAUGACAGCAACGCUGCAGGAUUGAUCAGGUCCUUCCGUGACCGCUUCCCUGAAGAUGCUGAAUUCCUGGAGCAACAGCUUUUGGAGUUGGCGCAGGCUGAUGCUCACUUCUGGGCAAGCUGAGGCCCUGAGCAAUAUAGGCCCUGGCCGCCUUACCCUCAACAAGCUCCUCCCCCUCGGCCUGCCAACCAGUCGUGUCCCAAGUUUCUCUCCCUCUCUGUCCUCUUCUGUCAAACAUGCGGUACGAUGCUAACAAAUGGCCUGUUCCUUCUUAGCACAAGAUACCAAGCAUCCACUUAACAGGAAUGCCAGGGACGGCCUCUGCCGUUGAGUUGCACUUGUAAUUCAAUAAAGCUUGCUUUUUUAAAGUG